GCUCAAAUGAUCAAAGAAGGAGACGAGCUCAUCCAACGUGUCGCACCGGAACCCACGCAUCGUUUUGCCGUUUACACAUGGAACUACGACGAGCAGGGCAAUUUGAAACAGACUCCGCACAUCACAAAAGAAGAGCUAGAGGCGUGGAGGAAACUCGAUCCGAAAUGGAAGAUUCGCCCCAUGGACCCUGCAGGCAUGCCGCCGCCAAUGAAGAAGAAGCUCAAGGUGAGCCAUGAUGGACAGCUCAUGCCGGGAUUCGACGACUACACGGUAGAUGAGCGAAGGGAGGCGCUCAAGGCGACGGCGCCCGGUGCUUCUGCCAUGAAAGACGUCCUAUGGAGAAUUGACCGGCGGAAGCGCGAGCGACUGGCGAUAGAGUUGCAGCAAUCUGAAGCUAAGGUGGAGGUCUUGCAGCAACGUCUCGCUGCCGAAGAGGUCAAGAAAGAGAAGCAAAAAGAGGAGACGGUGGCCUUGCAGAUGGACGAUGGGAUUGCCCAGAAAACAGGAGGGACGAACGUGUUGGAGUUGGGACAGAAGAAGAGAAAACUAUCGACUUGA